AUGAACGCAAUGGACACCCAGACAUCCCAAGAAAAGAGCCGCUUGCAGACCAUCAAACAGAAUAUUAACGAUGUACAGGAGAAGCUCAGCACGCGAUUGCCAGCUCAAUAUCGGCACUUGAUGGCCACCGUAUGUGGGACCAAGUGGCGACUGAAGACAUUCAAGCCACAUGACGCCGCAGCUAUCGUUAAGAAAAUGCGUCUGGAGCUCGGAGCCUUUGACUACCGUGUAAAGGAGCAAGAGGAGCUGCUUACGCGUUACCUGCUGGAGCUGGACGGAAUAUUGAGCCACGGAGACGCCGACAUCAAGAGCGCUCGAAAGGCACUGGUGGUGUUCAUCCAGCAGCAGCUGCUUCCUCAGGCUGAUGCUUUCAAGGAACGCAGCGCCAAGUUGAAGCAGUUUGGAGAAAAAGCACUCGGUACAUUUGAGCAACAGACAUUAGAGCCCUUGAUGCCCAGAGAUAGCGACGCUGAGUCGGACGAUAUGCACGUGAAGGCUCUGUUUAACGAGAGUGGAGAGGAGGGCAGUGAAUCAGAAGAUGGGGAGGAGAGCAGUGAGUCAGAGGAGGAGAAAGAAGAAGCCGCGGAAGAUGAAGAGAUGGGAGAGUCUACCAAUAUCAAGGACGACGAGCCUAUGGAAUCAGAGGCUGAGGCUGAUAAAGAAGAUGAAGAAGAGGAGGAAGAGCAAGUUGAUCCGAAAUUGUCGCGACUGCAGUCCGUUGCAACUCCUUCGACUUUAAAUGGUGAUGUUAACUUGCUUAAGGAAGACGAGCCUAUGGUAUCCGAGGCUGUGGCUGAUGACGAAGAUGAAUACGAGGAGGAAGAGCAAGUUGCUCCGAUGAAGUCGCGACUGCAAGCCGUUGCUACUCCUCCAACUUCGAAUGUUGAUGUUAACUUGCUGCCCGUGUGGCGGCCGUACUACCAGCUACAGCGUCGACAGGACGGCAUCUAUCUCAUCGCGCGCCUGAACGACAUUGACCCGCGCAACGUGCGUGUGCAGUGGAACGACCACAAUGGAGUGCUGCGUGUAAGUGGUUUUCGACUGCCUAUGCAGAAGGACAUUGUCAUGUCGCGUCUUAGCGGUGCACCGACGUUCGGUCGUUUUGAGAUCACAGAGCAGUUUCCGCGGAAUAUGCUCAAUAUGGAGGAAGCCACGCAGCAGAUCUCGGAAAACGGUAUUCUACAGAUCCGCAUGCCGUACUACGUAGUGCGACGCCCACUGCAAUAUCGUCGGGCGUCUCUUUUCCAGCCACAGGACUGCUUUGUGUGGUAA